UCUUCUUCUUUUUACAGUUUGUAUAUUAUUUGGUCUCUUCAAUGCUUUAUCCCUAUUAUUACUAAAUGUCAGUUGUUUAAUUGGUGGCAUUCUACAAGUAGUCAUAGGUUUUCUAGUAAUGUCCUUAGAAGCACCUUGCUGUUUCUUCUGCAUAGACUAUGUGGGACAAUUGGCUGAUAUGGCCGAUGCUAGACCUAUGUGGAACAGAGCAGCACUAUAUUGUGUAGUCUCAAUAUUCCCAGUAUUUUUAUGCUUUGGUUUAGGCAGUUUAUUCCCCUGCGCAUUAAUCUUUGGUACUGGUGUUAUCUAUGGCAUGAUGUCAUUAGGCAAAAAAGCUUCACGUGAGGAAAUGGCUGCUGCUGCCACAUCACCUACACAAAUGCAGCCCGGUGGUGAGGGACAAAUGCAAAUGAGCACCGAUCAGCAUAUUACAUUAAUGGAAGAUCCUGAUGUUUGGCGUCCAACAUAAAUUCAUUAAAUGAAUUACAAAAUAAAACAAAAACAAACAAAAAGACACACACAUAUAUAUAUUUAUAUAAAAAAAAAAUACCAACAACAAUUCCAUUUAAAAAUUUAUUAAAAUAAAAGAAUCUCACAGUAAACAAACCGUUACUAACAAAAAACAAUAACUACACUAUAUUAUAUAUAUAUAUUUAAAAAAGAAAAGCAACAAAAAACAUCAUCAUAAAUUAUCACAAAAAAAAAGCAAAAACAAAAUUAAAAAGAGUUUGUUAAACAAU